CCAGUCGAUUCUUCGUAGGUUAGGACCGUCUCACUUGUCUGCGAAAUGGAUGAUCUGACGAAGGAACAGGUGACGAUGUUGCGCAAGGCGUUCGACAUGUUCGAUCGCGACAAGAAGGGUUUCAUCCACACCAACAUGGUGUCUGCUAUCCUGAGGACUCUUGGUCAAACAUUCGAGGAGAAGGACUUGAAGGAUCUGAUCGCAGAAAUCGAUCAGGACGGAUCCGGGGAGCUGGAAUUCGACGAAUUCGUCGCUUUGGCGGCUCGUUUCCUUGUCGAAGAGGACUCCGAAGCCAUGCAAGAGGAACUUCGUGAGGCUUUCCGUCUGUACGACAGGGAGGGCAACGGUUACAUCAACGUGUCUGAUCUUCGCGAGAUCCUGCGUGCUCUCGACGAUGCCCUCACCGAGGAUGAGCUCGAUGAAAUGAUCGCCGAAAUCGAUACCGACGGCUCCGGGACCGUUGAUUUCGACGAAUUCAUGGAGAUGAUGACAGGAGAUUAGACAGGAUCAAUGCUUUCCAACGUCAACAUUCGAGCUACCAUUCGCCAUCCUAAUGGUCGAUGCCGUAUUUCUGGACCUUCAUCUCCCUGAAGUUCUCCAUCAGACACACGGUUGAGAUCUUAUUGGGAGGAGCGGGUCGAGACUACGGAGUCGGAAGGAAUCCAAUGUCGGGUCAUCUCGGUUGUUCGAAUGUCAUCAUAUCCCUCGAGAAUGCUUCCACGACGAUGCCUCGUUUCAAUACAGGAGUGUCUGGACGGCAGUCCGCAU